AUGCCGGCUUCUCCAGACGCGAACGAGGCAUCCUCGUCUCGCAGCGCCAUGGACUCUUCCGCCAGGAAAGGAAAACUCUCGCCGCACGAGAGGCAAGCGCAAGCCAUCUCCAAGCUGCUUGCCAAUCCCGACAAGGAAAUUCGCAUCCCAGACGGUCCUAAGGAGAAGUCAAUACGACCGCCACGCGAUGUGAUGAAGAACGUCACCGGCUCGAGUGCAGGUGCUGGCUCAGGCGAGUUUCACGUGUACAAGCAACAACGUCGGCGAGAAAACGAACGGAUCCAGCUUAUGGAAGAGCAAAAUCUAAAGCUCACGGAACAAGAAGAGUUUGAACGGAAACGAGCCCAGAUCCAGGAGAAAGACGAAGCCAAGACGGACAAGAACCGCGCAAAGCGUGAAAAGAAGAAGCUCGCAGCUAUGAAAGCACAGGCAGCGCUCAAAGGCAAAGAUCCGAGCAAAGUCACCACCACCGCCUCAAGUGCGGACAGAUCCAACGGAGAACCAGAGGCAAAAAAGCAGCGGUUGCACAACGAAGCUGUCCAUCGAGUCGAGUUCAAACCUAAGGAUGAUUCAAACGAUGAUUCAUAA